AUGACGAUGUUCGAGGCAACCCAAAAGCCAAAUGCGACGUAUCUGUCAGCAUCCGCUGGAACUUGGUGUUGCCUACCUGCGACUAUCAGCCGCCUUCAAUUGCAAAUGUUCGCAUCCGUAUUUUCCCGGUCUACAGACGUGGACAGUUCUGGUAACGAACCCAUAUCCCGGUCUGCCGUUCACGAAGUCACUACGUACGUCCGAGCAGCCACACAAAUUGAGCGCGUUUGCGCACAGGAGUGCCAGGUGGUCUGCGCCAAAGUCCGUGGCACCACGGUCUGCGAAGGGUUUGGAGGUGUAUCGGAGGGGGAGAUUUGGCAAUGGGGCGGAUCUGAAGACGCUUAUUUGCGGGAGUCCUGCCGCCUUGGUCUUCGUACGGAGCCGUGGAAACUGGAGAAUAUUGAUCAGAGUGCUGAUACAACGACAUGUUUUCAACGUUGUUACAUAAAAAGCCGUGAGCUGCUUUCACACCUCUCCCGGCUGUCACGGAGCUAUGACAAUGUCGCCAUCGCGCUACAGGACGGCCAGUAUGGACAUCACAAGCGCUGUUGCCCGGCGGACCAGUACCGCGCGUGGUGGUUUUUAAGUAGUCGUGUACGGACACCCAGCCCUCCGCAGACCGUUCAGUAUUAUUUGGACAAGCCAAUGACCGAGCUGGAGGGCCAGGCUGGUGGUCUGUGCAAUGUCCUGAGUGCUGGGCAGGACUUUUCGCGGUUUGCGGAGUCCAAAAUUAGGUUGGUUCGCUGA